AUGGUUGAAUUGCAUGAUACCUAGUUAUAUCAUCCAAUUGGUAGACAAGAGUCUAGUUUUUUAAACCUUAAGAAUUUGUAAUAAUCUACUUAUCUAAGUAACACUAUUAUUGAUUGCUUCAGAUAUGGUGGCCCAGACUAAUACGAUGAAAGAUCAAUCCAAUCAAGGCUAAUAAUAGGUAAUAGUAACUGGUCUCCAAAAGAAUACUGUCAUUAUUCACAAUUCAACAUUCAGAAAUUCCCAAACAGUUGGAUUUUUAUUUGGAAUAAGCCAGCAAGUCUAUUUUGA